AUGGAACACAAGUUAAACGAGCAGAGCAAACGAAAUGCGGAUGAAGAGGGGCGAUUUUAUAGUCGUAGAAGGUGGAAUCGAGUAGAGGGAGAUCAUGACAGAAAUUCCAAUGAAAUGAAAUACUCUAGAAGUGAAGAUUGGAGAGAACGAAGGGAUUAUUCAAGAGGUUAUUAUAGAAAUAGUAGAGAUGAAAAAAGAGGCAAAUAUGGAUACGAAAAAAGAUACGACCCAAGUAAUAACAGGUAUCCUAAAGAAAAUUAUCGUACUUACAGAGAAAAAAAUCGGUAUGGGGACAUCAAUUUAAGGCGAACCAAUGUGAGUAGUUCAAGACAGUCUAAUCCUCAAAACCCAAUACCGGUUGAUCUCACUCCUUCUGGUGUGUUGACUAGAUAUCUACAUUUGUCAGAUGUCACAAAGUCUUUAAGUGAAUCUGAUACCAAGUCCAAAUACUCUCCUCCAGAUGAUGAAAUAGUACCGACACCAGAGAAUUGCCAUAUUCAUCUAUUCAAAUAUAAUGAAAGAACUGAUAAACAAACAGAAAUCCCUAUUUAUAACUUUAAAUCGUAUUACAUUAUUGGAAGGGAUAAAGAGUUGGCGGACAUUGUUGUUUCAGAGGAGGAGGAUGGCUAUUUAGUCUCGAAAGAGCAUACGGUUUUACAGUUCCGCAAAAGUAAGUUAGGUCAGGUAAAUUGUUACAUUAUGGAUUUGAAGUCAACUAAUGGAACGUUUCUCAAUGACUCUAAGGAAGAAAUUCCAUCAAAACGGUACAUAGAACUCAAAGACAAAGAUUUUUUCAAACUAGGAGAUUACAAUAGUGUACUUGAGUUUAUGGUAGUUCAUGAUAAGUGA